AAUGGAAUAUUUAUGAUAUGAUUUACUCUACUAUCUAUGAUAUGCAUGUACAGAAUUCCAGCCACGCCUCUACUGUACUGCAUAUCCAGAGAAUGUCAGUUUCACCCACUACAACAGUAGAAGCUUCUUGUUCCCCUAUUCCUGCUAGUUCUGGAGGAGCCAGCAAUCUAGGCCCUGCAUCACUGGGUAGGAUAAAAUGGUUGAGUGAUUUAGAAAAGUUCGUUUUACUCUCUAACUUCGAGAGAAGAGGGUGGGUAAAAGGAAGCAGUGAAGAUGGAGAUUGGAACUUUUAUUGGUGCUCUGUAUAUGCAGCAAGGAUGAUGUUUAGUGUUGAUAAUGGAAUAAGACUCGCUGAUGACCAAAUUAUAAAUCAUUUUCCAACGCAUUAUGAGCUAACAAGAAAGGAUUACAUGGUGAAAAACAUUAAGAGGUAUCGCAAAGAUCUUGAGAAAGAUGGGAGCCCUAUUGCUGAGAGGGACACCAAUGGGAAAUAUGUUCAUUUAGAUUUCAUACCAGUAACAUUCAUGUUGCCUGCUGACUAUAAUAUCUUUGUUGAGGAAUAUAGGAGACAGCCAAAUGCUACUUGGAUAAUGAAGCCUGCUGGAAAAGCUCAGGGCGUUGGGAUUUUUCUAAUAAACAAACUAUCGCAGAUAAAGAAGUGGUCAAAAGACAAACCAUCAAACGUACCACAUACAAAAGACACUUACGUCAUCUCAAGAUAUAUUGACAACCCACUAUUGAUUGGAGGAAAGAAAUUUGACCUGAGACUCUAUGUGCUGGUAACCUCAUUCCGCCCACUCAAAUCAUACAUAUAUCAGUUAGGAUUUUGUAGAUUUUGUACAGUAAAGUAUAACUCAAGCAUUAACGAGCUGGAUAAUAUGUUUGUUCACUUGACAAAUGUAUCAAUACAAAAACACGGAGAUGAAUAUAAUGACAGUCAUGGAGGGAAAUGGCCUCUCUCUAAUCUAAAAUUGUAUCUUGAAUGUACACACGGGAAGGAGGUAACGGAUAAAUUGUUCAAUGAUAUUCACUGGCUAAUCGUUCACUCAUUAAAAUCAGUUCAGAACGUUAUGACUAGCGAUCGUCAUUGCUUCGAGGUUUAUGGUUAUGAUAUCAUUAUCGAUGUUUAUUUAAAGCCGUGGCUUAUAGAGGUUAAUGCAUCACCCUCGGUUGCAUACACAACCAUUAAUGAUCGAAUCAUGAAGCACUCGCUCAUCAACGAUACUCUAAACAUUAUACUACCUCCAAAUGGGAUACCAAACGUCCAUUGGAAUAAGAAUCCAUCGUUAGAGAGUCUCGGAAAAUAUGAUAUAUUAUAUGAUGAAGAGGCUGCUUUGCUUGCUGCCAGGGAAGGAUUGAAAACUACUAGCAAUGGAGGAGGCGACGGUAAAUUUCAAUUUUAUAACAAGUUUGAGACUAAACGGUAUCCAACAUGGAAAUAACUACAACACAACAAGAAACAGAACAAGAGCAAUGGAUAAUAAUAAUAACAAUAAUAAUAUCAAAAUAAUAAUAAUAAUAAUAAUAAUAAUAAUGAGUGUGAUUACUGAUUUCAAAAAUACAAACACAAAAAAAACCAUUUCAUUUCCCUUUCUUUACACCUUUCUUAUUGCCGU